AUGUCAAAAAUAUCAAUAUUUUUACUUCUAUCAUUACUAAUUGAAAAAAAUAAAGUUUUUAUAAAAAGUUUAUCGGUAAACAGUAAUUGUGACAUAAUCAGUUUUACACGUAAUCUUACAAAGAUAUCCAAUGAAUUAUUAUCAUCCGAUGCGUUUCUUAAUAGUGAUUUUGAAACCAGAAUAAGAAUUAUUUCUGAAAAAAUGAGAUAUUCCUAUCAAGAACUAUCAGAAAUAUCUUCGAGUAGUUUAGCCGAAAUUGUGAAUACAUUUCAACGCAGCUUUCCUCAAAAAGGUCAACUUGAGGAAGCGUUGGGUCAAUUUUAUGAAUAUGUUGAACGAAUCGAUGCAUUACACAAGCAUUAUAAACACUAUAGAAUAUCGGAUCAAUUAACUGGUUUUAAAAGUCCUUAUCACUCAAGUACACUAAAUGAUUUUUUUCAAGUUCUUGGUUCUCAUGGAACCGGUGGAACUCAAGACAUUCUUGACAAAAUUUAUCAUAUUAUGGUACCUUCAGCAUCUGAUUCCAUACGUUUAGGAAUUUUUCAGCUCAUAUCUGAACAAAGACAAGCAUCGCAUCCUCGAAAUUUAUGUAACACGGAAAAUUCAUUUUUUCAUCAGCUUAAUGAAUUAUAUGAUAUUCUUUUUCACAUCGAAACUAUGGCAUAUGUUACUAUGGCUUAUAGUUUUAUGCUAUUCGGUAAAAAAGAUAAAACAUCAUAUAAAACAGAAAUACAAAAAAUUGCUCUGGCAUUUGCUAAAAGAAUAAUAAAAUAUUUAAAUGUAGUACAAAAAGAAAUGAAAGUUGCAUCAAGAGAGAUGUAUCGUUGUGAUCCACCGCAUCAUAUUCUAAAUGAAACAUUCAUCGAGUUUAGUCAUCUUUUUCAAAACAUUCUUAUCAAUGAAGUUCAAGUAACACCAUUUAAAACAUGUUCAACAAGUUGUGGUCAAAUUAAUGCUAAUAAAAUUAAUCGAUGUUAUACCUGGGAAUCUUCAUCUAAAUCAAACAUUUAUUGUCCGAAACGGUAUUGUCGCGGAAUUAUGCGAAAUUGUUCAUGGGUUGGAACAUCGACAUUAUGUGAGUUUCCUAGUGAAUCUCCAAGGCGUUAUCAAUGGAUUCAUAGUGAAAACGGUCAAUAUGGACCAAGGGGUAGAUGUCUAGGAACAGAGUUAAAGGUUGAGCAAACAAUGAGUGGUCUCUAUCGAUGCGAUAAUUGUCUAUGUCAAUGUAUAGAAGAACGAGCUGAUGCAACUUCACUUCGUGCGAUAAGUUUAAGACCUCAAUUUUCCGAUUAUUUAAACAAUAUGGUAGUUACAGGCGUCCGACUUGUUGAAAAAGACAAAAUGAUUCAUAUUCAAAUACAACAAGGACAACUUAUUAAAGACGGUCAAAUAAAUCGCUCAACUACUGAAUGGGUUAAAUUAGAAGAUUUCGAAUAUGAUGAAUCGAAAAAUGGAUUUUAUAAAGUAGGAGAAAAAGGUUCAACACCUUUAGAAGAAGGAAUAGAUUAUGCAUUUAUUGGUUCGAAGCAAAACAAAUUAUUCAUCGAUGACGUAACAGGACCUUUGGAAACUCUAGUCACUGGAGUCAGAUUUAAUCAUUCCUUUCCGCAAUGGCCUGGGGAGCUUAAUACGAGUCCGAUCGAAAUAGAAAUUUAUGUUUCACCCUUUAUUUAUGAAGGCGGUACACUUAACUUAGGCACAUUUGAAUCAAUAAAGGUGACGUCAAAAAAUAUGCCUAAUCCACCGGCUUCGUACAGCCGAGACAGAAAGGAAAUAAAAUUGAAGAUGCCGGAUAAUCCGACAAAAUCAUAUGAAAAUUAUCCAAAUACUGACAGCAAUUACUACAUAGUAUUUCGUCAAACAGACAUCUGGAAAGAUGCUGGUCAAACUACAAUUCCCUUAUUUGAUCUUCAACCAGUUGUUUCACCAAUCAGGCCUUUAGAUGGUAUUGGUAUUAUUCAUCGAAAUAACGAUGGCAAUGGAGGUUUCAUUAGCUUAAAAAUAUUUACUGUAAACUGUACUCUACAUCUUAGAGUUAUAGACAGAUCAGACACAAUGUAUCAUAAAUCUGCUUCAAACGAUAAAUUAAUUGAAAAAACUUUAAAAUUAUACGAAAAAAAGUAUUUGGAUUGA